AUGACAUCCCCAACCCCCAUCAAAUACCUCAUAACAGGCGCGACAGGCGGCCUCGGGCAGGGCGUGCUCUUCACGUUCCUCUCGAACAAUGUCCCCCACAACAGCAUCGCAGCGGGGGUCCGACGCAGCGGCAACCCGGCCAUCACGGCUCUCGGCGUCCAAGAGCGCAUCGUCGACUUCGACGCCUCGCUCGAGACCCUGCGCGCCGCGUUCGCCGGCGUCGACACGCUGUUGUUUGUGUCGAGCAGCGAGAUCGACAACGCUAAACGUGCGGCACAGCAUCGGACUGUCGUGGAUGCGGCGAAGGAGGCGCGCGUCCAGAGGGUCUGGUAUACGAGCCUAGGGCUUGGGGGAGGAGAGGGCGAGAUCGAGCUGAUGGUGGUGCAUAGGCAGACGGAGGAGAUGUUGAGGGAGUCCAACCUCACUUGGACCUCCGUCCGCGAAGCCCUCUACACCGACGCCUUCCCCUGCCUCGUGAACUGGUACCCCACCGACCCGCACCAAACGCUGCACCUCCCAUGCGACGGCUCGGUCGCCUUCGCACUGCGCGAUGAGCUGGCCGAAGCAACCGCCAAACUGAUGCUGAAAGGCGGGCACGAGAACGAAAUCAUCGACCUCACCGGCCCCACCGCCAUCCCUCUCACCACAAUGAUCAGCACAAUAAACCGCACCACCUCCCGCGCCAUCACCGUGUCCUUCGUCUCCGACGCCGCGUACAUCGCGCUCAACAGCGCGAACGACGAGGGGCGCAAGCCCGCCGCCUUCUUCCGCAACUGGGUGACGCUGCUGCGGGGGAUCGAGGCCGGGCGCGCGGCUGUCGUCAGCCCGCUAAUGGAGGAGGCGUUGGGGCGGCGGCCGUUGAGUGGGUUGGAGGGGCUGGAGAAGCUGUUGAGCGACGCUGGGGGGGAUUACAUCUGGCAUCAGAAUUAUGCGACGUAG